UGACCCUAAUAUGGCGAAAAACAGAAAUGCAUAAAUUAAAGAGUUCACAGAAAGACAAAGUAAGGCAGUUCAUAGCCUUUACACAGACUGGGGAGAAAUCAGCAAUCACUUGUCUCUCCGCUUUCGAUUGGAAACUGGAUGUAGCAGUUGAUAACUUUUUCCAAAAUCCAGACCGUUACAGUUGUGAUUCCAGGACAACCGUGGAUAGAAAAAGACUGGAACAACUAUGGGGAAGAUACAAGGAUCCAAAUGAAGAUGAUAAAAUGACAGUGGAUGGUGUGAUGAAAUUCUUGGAAGAUCUCAAUCUCAGUCCAGAAUCAAGAACAGUCCUCCUCAUAGCAUGGAAGUUCAAGGCAGCUACUCAAUGUGAAUUUACUAAAGAAGAAUUUAUAACAGGGAUGGCUGAUCUUGGAUGUGAUAGUGUAGAAAAACUUAAAAACAAAUGUCCCGGUCUGGAGCAGGAAAUAAGAGAUCAGAACAAGUUCAAAGACUUCUACCAAUUUACAUUUAAUUAUGCCAAAAAUCCAGGACAAAAAGGUCUAGAUUUGGAAAUGGCUAUAGCAUAUUGGAAUAUAGUUUUAUCAGGAAGAUUUAAAUUCUUAAAACUAUGGAGUGACUUUUUGACGGAACACCACAAGCGAUCCAUCCCAAAGGAUACAUGGAACCUACUCCUGGAUUUCUGUACAAUGAUUAACGAGGAUAUGACAAACUACGAUGAAGAAGGGGCAUGGCCUGUGCUCAUCGAUGAGUUUGUAGAAUAUGCAAAACCUUUGAUUCAGGGACCUCGCAGUACAACAGUAUGAUAGUGAAUACAAAUUUUUUAAUGUGUGAACUAUUUAAAUUUUACAUUCUGUAUGGACAUAUAGACAACAGAUUAACUACAUAAGAAUAUGAGAGGGUGACAUUUCAAAUUGACCUUUCGAUUAUGAAUAGAAAAGGCCAAUGCAUUGUAUAGCUGUUGUCAAAGUUUAUCCAAGAGGGGGGUGAAACACAUUUUUAUUUUGUGUAUAAAUAGAUGGGGAAUUUUUGUUAUUGUUGCUGUUUGUUACCAAGAUGCAUGUAUUCAAACUAACUACUUGUAACUUUUUUUCGAAAGAGAUAUAAAAAUAACACCCAUUUGCAAUGUAAUAACUGAAACCUUAGGUUAAUCUCUGCUUCUAUGUAUCCUUGUUUUCAUCUAUUACAAGCCUAUUUUGCCUCCAUCUUUUUAUUGGAGGGCAUAUAGUGCUACCCAUGUCCACUUGUUGCGUUAUGUCAUGUUCUGUUGCAUCUCAUUAUAAAACAAUCCUAUUUUGAGGCAAUGUCACAUCUUUAGAACCUCUGCACCGAUUUGUUUAAUUUUUAGCCCAUAAUAUCUUAACAUCAAAUUAUACACCGUAUUCUAUCAAGGUAUUCAUUGGUCAAGGUUGCAGGUCAAAAGUCACAUUUGACAAUGUCUGUAAAUUCAUCAAAUGAUGAUACUUGCAUGCGGGCAUUAAUGUCUUAAUGCCAAGUUCUAGUUAAAAUGAAGAAAACUUUUGUUUAAGCAAUAGGCAGGACCUACAGACUUGCAUCUAGUGUUCUGGAAUUGGCUCUCUAAGCUUAGGUUAUAAGUAGCAAUAUAAGGAAAGGAAAUACAGACCUACCCAUUAGAUGUUAGUAUGCCAUAUUGGAGACAGGUGCUUUAUCCAAAAAAUUUUUUUAAAAUUGUAGCAUUUAAGAGUUACAUAAUAUAAGAAUACAAAAUAAAGGUAGUCCUGUUAAGACUUAGUUAUUAUAUACGCAUAUAGACAUAUUAAACAUCUUGAUUUAACUACUUCCUGGUACAUGCUACAUACUGUUAGUGAGUUCAGUUUUUGUUUUACUCCCUUGUAAUAUAAUUAUCACCAUUAUAUAUCAUAAUUCAAUAUGGCUAUGGAAAUAGGUUAAUCUUCCAUCUGCCAUGGUAAUCAGAUCUAGACUUACAUGCAGACUUAAGUUUAUGUUACCAUGGUAACCAGAUGUGGACUUGUGGUAGAGAUGAUAAUAACCCCUUUAUAUUGUUGGAUAGAAUCUUUCUUUUCAGAUUUUUUUAGCAAAUUAUUGAAGCUCAUACUUGGUUUCAUGACCAUCUUCAAAUUGUUGUCAUCAAAUAUUGUGCUGUAAACAUUAAAUUUUGUAAGCAUUUAAUUGUACUGUUCUAUUUAUAAAGAAAUUAAAGUUCCGUUAUUAUCAAAAAUUGUGGAUAAUGAUGUGUGUGAACUGUGUGGAAUGUUGGUACUGUUGUAUCUUUUAUGUUACAGAACUGAUAAAAUGUUACCUUCAUCACUAUUUAUCAUGAAAUUCAGACAGAUAUUUCAACAUAUGUCCAUACUUAUUUGCUCUGUCUAUGAUACGUUAUUGAGUGUAUGUGUAAGAUUUGAAUCUUCCCAUGGAUAUCAGAAUAUACAAAGAUGGGUUAAUCUUUACUUCUAAAGUUAGAGAAUUCCGGAAUGUCUAUAUCUUGUUAUAUUUCAGUGUGUACAGUUUGACAUAUUAUGGUUUUGAUUUCUAUAUUAUCCUUUAAAAUUGUACAGGGUUGAACUUUUGAACAACACAUUGUUGAUGCAUCUGUCUAAUUUUUGUGCAGGUUCCAAACCAAAUCUACUGUAAGAUAAAAUGUUUUGCAGAUAGUCCAAUUGACACACUAUAGAAUACAUUGUACCAGGUACUGCUACCUGUAUUACAGUUACGAAAAAUAUACACUACAUAGAUACUAUAGGUCUGAGGUCUCAAUUUUCACACACAAAAAUGUCUACUGCCCGGUAGUUUGGUUUCAGUUUGAUGAGUGUUGAUUUACUUUGGUGUUACAAAUGAGAUUUAGGGAAAUUUCAAAUAUUUACUUCUUCAUCGUUAAACACUCUGUAUUGGUAUUUUUCUCAAAUGUUUCUUAAGAAAACAAUAGAAAGAACCAAUCCAAGAGCAGGUAGAGUGAUAUGAUUAGAGUGAUGUAAUUACGAAUGUAACUCAUUACAAAAUUGGUCUUCAACACCUGUGUAGUCUAUUGCUCUUUGCUAGAUUUAUCAUGUUAUCAGAUCGAAAAUCAACACUGUUGAAUUUGAUGCCCAAAUGUUUGAUAACAAUUUGAGAUAAGGAAAGCUAUUUUCAAUAUGUAAACAAUUAUUUCAUCUUAUAACACUUACUGAUUCACUACGAUUCACUCUGGAGAUGUGAAUCUAAUUGAAUUUGCAAAUAUUCCUUUACUACUAAUACUUUAUGUGGAGUUGUUUUUUCAUUAGCAGUAGAUACAUCUCAUUGGCAACAGAUGGGUUAUUAUCAGAUCCAUUACUUAACAGUAUAUUCCAAAGGAAGAGGAAAGUAUUAGGUCUGUCAGUCAAAUAAAACGUUGAAAUUUGAAAGAAAAAUGGUUUAAUAGCAGAAAAGCACUUAUAAUAUUUUGUACUCAAUUAGCUUUUGCUGAACUAAAUUUUCUGUUUGCUGCAUGAAAAUGGACCGAAAUCGUUCCCUGAGAAAAUUAUGUUGUGCAAGAUCCUAAACUACCAAUGUCUUUAGCAGAGAAAUUUUAUGACUUGAAAUAUCAAAUUUGCACAGAAAAAAUGGUAUCAUUGAAUAUUGGAAUUCAAAUUAUUUACAAGUAAAUUAAAUUAUGAUUUGGUAUUAACAGAAAAAUCUCAUUUGGGGUGGAAAUAGGUAUGUUCUACACAAUAAUUUAUAUAUUACAAAAUUAAAACUAAAAGGGAUUGUUCUUCAGGAAAGUUUUAUGAAUGGAGUGACAUGGAAUAGAUGCUUGGUGAUAAUCUUUUUCACAUAAUGGUAAAUUCUUUCUUAAUAGGUUCUAUUCUGACUAGUGUUUCAUUCUUUCAUUUUUAUUUUUUGUUUUUGUUUUUUGGUUGUUUUUUUUUACUGAAAAACUCGAGAAAUAAAGAAAAUAUUGGAAUAUAUGUAAACAAUCGAAAUAUAUAUAAACAUUCACUUGCUAGGUAUAGAUAUUUUAUUUUUUUUUUAGAUAUAACAUUCUUCACUUGUGUGAUUGUCAUCAUUUGACAGAUUUUUAUUCUUGUAGAACGCUACAUUUUCUACUCUAUAUUAUUUUUUUCUUCUAAUUUUUCAAAAUUAAACAAAUUGAAGGUCAGAAAAUAUUGAGAAGACUUUUGGGCAGUGGUGGUUAGUAGAAUUACUUUUGAUAUGUCCAAUCUUAAUUUUGCAAUGAAAGAGGUUUUAAUAUGAUAUGAUGAGGUAUUGAAAUAUUUUGUGUAUACAAAUACUACAAAAUAAACUUCUUUAUACAUGAAA